CCGCCCCAUUACCACACCAUGGCCGACGACAACAAGACUGCGGUCGCUCCGGCGACAUAUAGCCAGCCAUCGAGGAAGGGCAAGAAGGCGUGGCGCAAAAAUGUCGACAUCACCGAAGUCUCCGCUGGUCUCGACAAUCUGCGCGCAGAGAUUAUUCAGGGCGGGCCAAUCAAGGAGAAGACAUCUGAUGAAUUGUUUGCGACGGAUAUCACUGGUGAUCCGGAGAUCGAACGCAAACAGAAAAGCAGGAAGGUGCUGAAGGUCGACGAGAUCCUGGCUGCGAGAAGCAGCAAAGUCGAUCCGUUGCAGCCAGCGCGGAAGAGGAAGGCAGAGGACCACUCGGGUAGCGGAGUGGACGGGAAGCGAGUCAAAGCGAACGGCAAGUACAUCUCACACCGGGAAUUGGCACGACUGCGCAAGGUGGCAGACGGGGGUCAGAUUGGCAUCAUUGUGGACGAUCAAGCGAGCAACGACCUGUGGGGAGUGCCAGAACCACAGCCGGAAGAACAGUACACUUUUUUGGAGAAAAAGAGAGACAAAGUCGCGCCCGCCUCACUCAAACAAGCACCGACCCCUCUUACGGCAUCUGGAAAGGCUGUUGCUGCGGUCCUCAAGCCGGCGGGCGGGAAGAGUUACAAUCCCCUUGUGGGCGACUGGUCAGCGCUACUAGAGAAGGAGGGAGCUGCAGCAGUAGAAGCAGAAAAGGCACGACUUGCGGCUGAACAAGCUCAGCUCGAGUACGAUCGAAAGGCGGAAGAGAUCGCCGCACAAGUAGAGGCCAAUGAGAAAGACGAGCACGCUACCGACUACGAGAGCGCAUGGGAGAGCGAAUGGGACGGCAUCCAGUCCGAGGGAGAAGCUGAAAUACACGUGCAAAAGCAGAAACCGCGAAAGACACCGACUGAACGCAACAAGGUCAAGGCGAGAAAGGAGAGGGAAGCAAAAGAAAAAUGGGAGAAGAAGCAAAAGAUACGAGACGCACAGGAGCGACGGAUCAAGCAAAUUGCAAGAGAAGUCGCUGCAAAGGAACGAGCUCGCCAAGGCAUUGUCGCGGUGGUGGACGAUUCGUCUGCCAGUGACGAGGAUGAAGACGGGCUCGAAGUGCGGAAGCGGAGAUUCGGGAAGGUACAGGUUCCUGAUGCCCCAUUGGAAGUUCAGCUUGCAGACGAGUUGCAAGACAGCCUGCGACGACUCAAGCCAGAGGGAUCACUCUUGACGGACAGUUACCGGAACAAGAUCAUCAAUGGGAAACUGGAACCGAGGAAGAAAGUGGGACAAGUCAAGCAGAAGCAGACUAUGCGGAGGGAGAAGUGGACGUACAAAGAUUGGCAACUCAAGUAGAUGUCGUUUGAUAUCUGACAUGCGUCGAAUAAUAAUGGCUCUAGU